AUGAGAGUGAAAAAUAUGAUGAGAGUUUUGCUGCUGGCAUGGUGUUUUGGGGCUUUGGUGAAUCAUGGCUUGGCGGAUGUUGUGGUUGAUUGCGAUUGCGAAUGUCCACCAGGCUGCCAAGCUGAUAGAAGGUGGUAUGAAUAUGGGAAUGAAUUGGUUUGUUCUUGUCGAUGCAUCUGUGAACCCCCACCUGGUCGUGGUCCUAUAAACCCACCACACCAACCCAGUCCACCACCAUCUCCUCCUCAAAUUGCUACUCCUAUUCCCUCACCAACAAACAAACCCACCGUUCCACCCUCCUCUCAUAAUACGCCACCCCCUUCUGAAAACAAUACGAGCCCGGUUCAGCCACCACCUCGAGCAGUUUCACCACCACCACCGCCUCCUCAACACCAAACACCAAAUAAUUCCACACCACCGCCUCAGAAAAGCCCAGUUCAGCCACCAACUCAAUCAGUUUCACCGUCAGCACCGCCUCCUCAACACCAAACACCAAAUAAUUCUACACCGCCGCCCCAGAAAAGCCCAGUUCAGCCACCAAGCCAAGCAGUUUCGCCGCCAGCACCGCCUCCUCAACAACAAAUGCCAAAUAAUACCACACCACCGCCCCAGAAAAGCCCAGUUCAGCCACCAAGCCAAUCAGUUUCGCCGCCAGCACCGCCUGCUCAACAACAAAUGCCAAAUAAUACCACACCGCCGCCCCAGAAAAGCCCAGUUCAGCCACCAAGCCAAGCAGUUUCGCCACCAGCACUGCCUCAACAACAAACGCCAAAUAAUACCACACCACCGCCCCAAAAAAGCCCAGUUCAGCCACCAACCCAAUCAGUUUCUCCGCCAGCACCGCCUCAACACCAAACGCCAAAUAAUACCACACCGCCACCCCAGAAAAGCCCAGUUCAGCCACCAAGCCAAGCAGUUUCUCCGCCAGCACUGCCUCCUCAACAACAAACGCCAAAUAAUACCACACCACCGCCCCAGAAAAGCCCAGUUCAGCCACCAACUCAAUCAGUUUCACCACCAGCACCACCUCUUCAACACCAAACACCAAAUAAUUCUACACCACCACCCCAGAAAAGCCCAGUUCAGCCACCAACUCAAUCAGUUUUGCCGCCAGCACCGCCUCCUCAACACCAAGCACCAAAUAAUUCUACACCACCGCCCCAGAAAAGCCCAGUUCCGCCACCAACUCAAUCAGUUCUGCCACCAGCACCGCCUGCCCAACAACAAACGCCAAAUAAUACCACACCGCCGCCCCAGAAAAGCCCAGUUCAGCCACCAAGCCAAGCAGUUUCGCCACCAGCACCGCCUCCCCAACAACAAACGCCAAAUAAUACCACACCACCGCCCCAGAAAAGCCCAGUUCAGCCACCAAGCCAAGCAGUUUCACCGCCAGCACCGCCUGCUCAACAACAAACGCCAAAUAAUACCACACCGCCACCCCAGAAAAGCCCUGUGCGGCCACCAAACCAAGCAGUUUCGCCGCCAGCACCGCCUGCUCAACAACAAAUGCCAAAUAAUACUACACCGCCUCAGAAAAGCCCAGUUCAGCCACCAACCCAAGCAGUUUCUCCGCCAGCACCACCUGCUCAACAACAAACACCAAAUAAUACUACACCGCCGCCCCAGAAAAGCCCAGUUCAGCCACCAACACAAGCAGGUUUGCCGCCAGCACCACCUGCUAAACAACAAACACCAAAUAAUACUACACCACCAAGCCCAGUUCAGCCACCAACUCAAGAGGCACCAACACCUUCGCCUUUGCCUUUGCCUUCACCACCAACUAAACAGAUACCAAGUCUUACACCACCACCAACACCACCUCAACUACAGACACCAAUUUCUCCACCAGCACCUAAGAAAAGCCCAGUUCAACCCCCAAGUCAAGAGGCACCGACACCUUCUCCUUCGCCUUCCCCACCAACUCAGCAGAUCCAAAAUCCUACAUCGCCACCUCCCAAUAAUGGCUAUGUUGCUCAGCCACCAAGGCAGGAGGAACCGACCCCUUCACCACCAACAGAGCAGACACCAAAACUGAAACCACCACCUGCCAAUAGCCCUGUUGAUCACCCACUGACACCACCUCCUUCGCCUUCACCUCCAACUCAGCAGACACCAAAGCCUACACCACCUCCUGCCAAUAGCCCUAUUGAUCAGCCAUUGACACCACCUCCUUCACCUUCUCCACCAACUCAGCAGACACCAAAGCUUACACCGCCUGCCAAUAGCCCUAUUGAACAGCCAUUGACACCACCUCCUUCGCCUUCACCACCAACUCAGCAGACACCAAAGCCUACACCGCCUGCCAAUAGCCCUAUUGAACAGCCAUUGACACCACCUCCUUCGCCUUCACCACCAACUCAGCAGAUACCAAAACCUACACCACCACCUGCCAAUAGCCCUGUUGAUCAGCCACAGCCAACACCACCUCCUCCACCACCUCCCAAUAAUGGCUAUCUUGCUCAGCCACCAAGUCAGGAGGGACCGACCCCUUCACCACCAACAGAGCAGACACCAAAACUGAAACCACCACCUGCCAAUAGCCCUGUUGAUCAGCCACUGACACCAACUCCUUCGCCUUCACCACCAACUCAGCAGACACCAAAGCCUACACCGCCUCCUGCAAAUAGCCCUACUGAUCAGCCAUUGACACCACCUCCUUCACCCUCACCACCAACUCAGCAGAUACCAAAACCUAUACCACCACCUGCCAAUAGCCCUGUUGAUCAGCCACAGCCGACACCACCUCCUUCGCCUUUACCACCAAUUCAGCAAAAACCAAAUCCUGCAGCACCGCCUCCCAAUAAUAGCUUUGCCACUCAGCCACCACCCCCUUCUCCACCAACUGAUCAGCAGACACCAAAACCAAAAUCACCACCUGCCAAUAGCCCUGCUGCUCAGCCACCAACUCAAGAGGCCCCAAUGCCCUCACCACCAACCCAGCCAAUGCCAAAUCCUGCCCCACCCCCUUCCAAAAGCCCUAACAUCCCUCAAGAGCCACCAGCUACCACAGUGGAACCACCAUCGGAGGCAGUAGAGCCACCACCGGCAGUAGUAGAGCCACCACCAACCUCAGAAGCACCAAAUUGUAGGUGCCCAGAACCACCUCCAUGUACACCAGAGUACCAAUGCCCUCAAGAGCCACGGCCUUGUCAACGACCGCCUCAGCCAAGGUACCCAUGGCCACCACCAACUCAAUGGCAGCCAAGAUAUUACCCGCCACAAGCAGGGUAUUACCCACCACAAUCAAGGUAUAAUCCGCCACAAACAGGGAAUGGAUACAUGCCACCUUCCUUGGAACACAUGCAGAAAUGCAAUUCUGCCAUUUAUACCAUGGCCCAAUGCGGGUGGGAAAUUGCAAUCGCAUUUGCGGAUCCAGACUAUAAUUUUGGAAGAGCCUGCUGUACGGCCAUUAGAUGGAUGCAAGUUUACUGCUUGGCAAAUCCAUUUGUUCCCAACAUCAACCCAAUCUUCCCUCUUGAUAUCAGGCGACAUUGUGAAAAUAAUUAA